AUGAUGAGGCCUUGGCAAGCUCUCUCCCAGCUCGCCGUCCUCCUCCUCUUCCUCCUCGUCUCGUCCAGCGCCGUCUCCACUCUGGACGACACCUGCAAGUCGGUCAGCGCGAGUAACAAGGACGUCGGCUACGACUACUGCGUCAAGUUCUUCCAGGCGUGCAAGGGCAGCGCCACCGCGGACAAGCGCGGCCUGGCCGUCAUCGCCACGAAGAUCAUCCGAGCGGCGGCCGUGAGCACCGGCAGGCGCAUCGCGACCAUCAAGGCAUCGAAAGGGGACGACAAGAGGAUCCAGGGGCCGCUCGCCGACUGCGACGAGCUGUACUCGAGCGCCGUGGACCAGCUCGACGCGGCGGCGAGGGGCAUCUCGUCGGGGAAGUUGCAGGACGCCCUGACGAACCUCAGCGCCGCUGCGGACGCGCCACAGACCUGCGAGGAAGGGUUUCGCGAGCUGGGCGUGAGUUCGCCGCUGGCCGACGAGGACUCCAAGUUCAGUAAGGAGUGCUCCAUCGCUCUCGCUGUAACGAACACGUUGUAA